GCCGGCGCCAAUGGUCGCUCGGCGGCAGUAGGGAGGGAAGGUGGCGAAGUGAGCGCCCUUCCCGGCCACUGCUGCCGCUGCCUCCAUUCAUUGGCAUCGCCGCCCUCGCCCCUCUCUCUCCUGUCAGGGCGCCGCCGCCGCCAUGGAGGCGCUGAUCCCGGUCAUCAACAAGCUGCAGGACGUCUUCAACACGGUGGGCGCCGAUGUCAUCCAGCUGCCGCAGAUCGUGGUGGUCGGGACGCAGAGCAGUGGCAAAAGUUCAGUGCUGGAAAGUCUGGUGGGGAGGGACUUGCUCCCGAGAGGCACUGGGAUUGUCACCCGGAGACCCCUCAUCCUGCAGCUGGUGCACGUUUCGGCAGAAGAUCGUCGGAAAACAGCUGGAGAUGAAAACGACCCUGCAACAUGGAAACAUUCAAGGCAUCUUUCUAAAGGGAUUGAUACUGAAGAAUGGGGGAAAUUUCUACACACCAAAAACAAGCUGUACACAGACUUUGAUGAAAUUCGACAAGAAAUAGAAAGUGAAACUGAAAGGAUUUCAGGAAAUAAUAAGGGGAUCAGCCCUGAACCUAUUCAUCUAAAGAUUUUUUCACCCAAUGUUGUCAACCUGACCCUUGUGGAUUUGCCUGGAAUGACAAAGGUACCUGUGGGCGAUCAACCAAAGGAUAUUGAACUUCAGAUCAAAGAACUGAUCCUUAGAUUCAUUAGUAACCCCAAUUCAAUUAUUCUGGCAGUCACUGCUGCCAACACAGACAUGGCCACCUCCGAGGCACUUAAAAUCGCACGAGAGGUGGAUCCAGAUGGGCGGCGCACCCUUGCUGUUAUCACAAAGCUGGAUCUCAUGGAUGCUGGCACUGAUGCAAUGGAUGUACUUAUGGGCAGAGUGAUACCUGUGAAACUUGGCAUCAUUGGUGUGGUGAACAGGAGUCAAUUAGACAUUAAUAAUAAGAAGAGUGUGGUUGAUUCGAUUCGUGAUGAAUACGGUUUUCUCCAGAAGAAGUAUCCCUCUCUAGCCAACCGGAAUGGAACAAAGUACCUUGCUAGAACACUGAACAGGCUACUCAUGCAUCACAUCAGGGACUGCUUACCAGAACUGAAGACCAGAAUCAAUGUUCUAGCUGCUCAGUACCAGUCUCUGCUAAACAGCUAUGGGGAGCCUGUAGAAGACAUGAGUGCUACGUUAUUACAGCUUAUUACCAAAUUUGCCACUGAAUAUUGCAACACCAUUGAAGGCACCGCAAAGUACAUAGAAACUUCGGAACUGUGUGGCGGAGCUAGGAUUUGCUACAUUUUUCACGAAACCUUUGGGCGUACCUUAGAAUCCGUUGAUCCGCUUGGUGGCCUCAACACCAUCGACAUCUUGACGGCCAUUAGAAAUGCUACUGGUCCCCGCCCUGCCUUGUUUGUGCCUGAAGUUUCAUUUGAGUUGCUAGUAAAGAGGCAAAUCAAGCGUUUGGAAGAGCCCAGCCUGCGAUGCGUGGAGCUUGUCCAUGAAGAAAUGCAGCGGAUUAUUCAGCAUUGCAGCAAUUAUAGUACACAGGAACUGCUGAGGUUUCCUAAACUCCACGAUGCCAUUGUUGAGGUUGUGACCAGUCUUUUGCGCCGAAGGCUACCAGUUACAAAUGACAUGGUUCACAAUUUGGUAGCCAUCGAGUUGGCCUACAUCAACACCAAACAUCCAGAUUUUGCAGAUGCCUGUGGGCUAAUAAACAACAACAUAGAGGAACAAAGGCGGAACAGGUUAGCCAGAGAAAUGCCUUCUGCUGGGUCACGCGACAAGUCCACUAAGCCUCCUGGUGCUUUGGCACCUUCUUCCCAGGAGACCUCUACUGGUGGUUCUGCUGAGGUUGAUGGCAAGACAUCCCCUGCUAUGGGAGAGGGAGCUCCAGAAUCUGGAACAGGCAACUGGAGGGGAAUGCUGAAAACAUCAAGAGCCGAGGAGAUAUUAGCUGAGGAAAAAUCAAAACCAGUAACAGUCCUACCUGCCAGCCCGCAGAAAGGCCAUGCUGUAAAUUUGCUGGAUGUGCCUGUUCCUGUUUCACGCAAGCUUUCAGCUCGGGAGCAACGAGACUGUGAGGUGAUUGAGCGCCUUAUCAAAUCCUACUUCCUAAUUGUGAGGAAGAACAUUCAGGACAGCGUGCCAAAAGCAGUGAUGCAUUUUCUGGUUAACCACGUGAAAGACACUCUUCAGAGUGAGCUCGUAGGUCAGCUGUACAAAGCCUUAUUGCUGGAUGACCUUUUGACUGAAUCGGAGGACAUGGCUCAGCGCAGGAAAGAGGCAGCUGACAUGUUACAGGCAUUGCAACGAGCCAGUCAGAUUAUUGCUGAGAUUCGAGAGACACACCUUUGGUGAAGAAAUGGAUGACUUGAAAUUGCUAGGCAUUAUAUUCUUAUGAACUCCUAUGUGUACUGCUAUGUAUAAAUCUGCUCAUGUAAAGA